AUGAAAAUAAUUCAGUUAUUCCUUCUUCUGACUAUUUUUUCGGGUUUAGUGGUGAGCUUGACUUCAAACUCAAAUCGUAAUAAAAAUAGAUUCUCAGGAAGCCCAUUCUUCCAUGGAAUGUACAAAAAAUUUAUGUCCAUAGCCCCUUCGUUUUCAAUGAGCACUCUACCAAUUUAUCUUCUUCGUGCCCAGCAUUUGAUGAAUCUUCUCACUAAAGACAUGGAGAAUCUGAAGCCGGAAUCGGAGAGCAUGAAUGAUUCAUUUGAAGUAUUUAAACAAGGGCUCGCUGCAGUAGUCAGUAAUAUCCCAGCCAAAGUUAUGAGAUGUAUUCAACCAGAAUAA